AUGAACCCUCAAUCGGACACCUCACUCCCAUCAGACUCUGCCCAAGCAUGCCGCAGUCCUCCAUCCCAGAAGACGACCACGUCUUCUCACAGCAAGACAUGGAAGGGCAAAAUGGCAGCAGGGGCGAAGAAGAUAGGCCUUCCCUUCAGGAAGAAGGCACCAGAUGAGACAGCAUCUCUCCAAACAAUGGAGACGAUCCUGGAGAGCAGCUACAUGUAUGAGAAGCCCGAAGGAUCUACAUUGAUGUCACUAGAGGAAGAAUUCUUACUGACCAAGGCCAUGAAAUAUGCCUCCCAAGUACAACACCAGAAACCAUUGAAGGAGAGUGGGUACGACCAAAUGCUGGGCACAAUGUGGGAAGAAGCAGCGGCAGCCCAGAUAGUUCAGACCCCGGAAGUAACCGGUCAACAGAUGAGCAUAGCCAGCAGUCCUGGGGAGAGCCCGUCGUGGCGAGAAGCGGCGCAACAACAGAAAGAGCGAAGGGUCUUAUUCACAGACAUCAACGAGGAGGACACUGUCCUCUGGUGGUUCACAGGAGCCCAAUCCCUCACUGGAACUACCAACAUAUCAAAUCCUGUCGAGACCGAGCUUGAUCAGGCGAACCACGACCUCGAACCCUUCCUUAACCCCAAACCCACCUUCUACGUCAAACCCCCCUUUAUAUCACAAAGGGAGCUUCAGUGGUGGGUCUAUGAUAGAGAGGACUUCAAACAAAUCUUCGAAGAGUACCGAAGAUAUGGAUCGACGGAAAUCCCUAUCUCUUAUGAUACGAACCCAUUUUUCACCCAACCGACCAUCUCGACCGAUUGGACCUGUGGGUUAGAGCCCAGAUACAAAUCGACAGGCUCACCCGUAUGGGAGCAUAUGCAAACGACCCACCCUUCUUUGAUGACUCCAAUGAAGAAGGUGACGAGUUCGUCCAGGGAUCCAGUAGGGGACCCUACCGACGAAGAACUCUAUAGGAUGAACUGGGACCAGUUCUGGUGGCAUAUGCAUGCCAAACUGCCCUAUGAAACCUACUGGUCCACCACUCCACAGGGGCUAGCCUAUCAAAAAGCGGAGCCUGGCUCCCAAUUAGAAAGGGACAUACUCUUGCAGGAAACCAAGUACAUUGCCAUAAACUACUGGAAUAUCCUACACCCCGACCAACAACUACUUCAAGGAGGCCAUUAUGAAAUCCCCAGUACCGAAGAUUUGGAAUCGGAAUUCUCAAACCUAGGGAUUCUCCAAACCACCACCAUCACCAGGCCUGCAUGGGAGGCACUGCAACAACCCCUGUCUCUGGCCCAGGGAGCGGGCCAGCACCCGCUGCACCUGGAGGUGGAGGUGGAGGACCAGGCAGAGGCAGAGGCGGUGAUGAACCUAUAG